GCUGUUCUGACUACCACAGAGACUUCGAGUCAUGCUCGGAGGUGUAGCACUGUGAAAUCUUCAGCUAUUCCCAUAUUCCAAGCUGUCGCCGACCACCAGUUACUAUACUCCGGACCUCAUCCAUCGAUUCGAGACCACAAGAAAUGGAUGACCUCUCAUCUAAGCUCGAUGGCUCUGACCUCGAGCGCAACGAAAGUUCCAGCUUCUUUAAGAAUAAUACCGUCAACGACUUUUCCUGGCGAAAUCUCACCGUCACCGUCAAGGACCGCCAUACUAAACAGCCCCGGAACCUGAUCGAUCGUAUCAGCGGGUCAGUUCAGCAAGGCGAACUAGUCGCUCUGAUGGGUCCCUCGGGAUGCGGCAAGACUACACUACUUAACGUUCUGGCUCGUCGCGCAGCAUCAUCGGGAGCAAAGACGACUGGAGAUUGCUAUAUAGACGGGAAGACUGUUGAUAAUGCGACGUUUGGCCGACUUACUUCUUACGUGGAGCAGGAGGAUGCGCUGAUCGGGUCGCUGACGGUGCGCGAGACAUUAAAAUUCGCCGCAGAUCUCUCGUUGCCCAGCUCCGUUACGAAGCUUCAACGGAAGGAGCGCAUUCAGUCUCUUUUACAAGCUUUUGGAAUCCAGAACCAGGCAUCUACUUUGGUUGGCACGCCCAUUCGCAAGGGAAUCAGUGGUGGUCAGAAACGGCGUGUCAGCGUGGCAAGUCAACUCAUGACGUGCCCUAAGAUCCUGUUUUUGGAUGAACCGACGAGCGGACUGGACUCGUCUGCUAGCUUUGAGGUCAUCUCCUACGUCAAGGAGAUGGCGAUUGCGAACAACCUCAUCAUAAUUGCUAGUAUUCACCAGCCGUCCACGACUACAUUCCAGCUUUUCGAUAAGCUGCUCCUCCUCUCGAGCGGAAAAACGUGCUACUUCGGUCCUGUGACAGAAGUGCCGACCUAUUUUGACACUAUUGGCUACUCGCUUCCAAUGAACACCAACCCAGCCGAGUUCAUCCUCGAUCUUGUCAGCUCCGAUUUCUUAGGCAGCACACAAACCAUGUCCAAGGAUCAGGUCCAGCGGAUUCAUACAAGCUGGGCUGAAUCCUCCAAUGCCGCAGCGCUGACAGACCAGGUCUCGCAGCGGACCAUGGUAUCCGAGAAACAAGCAGCUAAAACUGAAAUGGACGAGCUAAGUCGUCCGGGUAUUCUCAGCAUCACUCUUACCCUCCUGCACCGCUCCUUCAUCAAGAGUUACCGUGAUGUUGUGGCAUACGGCAUCCGUAUCGUCAUGUACCUGGGGCUGGCAAUCAUGAUGGGAACCGUCUGGCUGCGUCUGCACACCGAACAGAGCUACAUCCAGCCCUUUAUCAACGCAAUCUUCUUCGGCUCCGCCUUCAUGAGCUUCAUGGCAGUAGCCUACGUCCCCGCCUUUAUCGAAGACCGCAUGACCUUCAUCAAAGAACGCGCCAACGGACUCUACGGCGCCCUGCCCUUCAUCGUCUCCAACUUUAUCAUCGGCCUUCCCUUCCUCUUCCUAAUCUCCCUCCUCUUCUCCAUAAUCUCCUACUGGCUCUCCAACUUCAACCCCACCGCCACCUCCUUCUUCACCUGGGUAAUGUGGCUCUUCCUCGACCUCGUAGCCGCCGAAUCCCUCGUCGUCUUCAUGACCUCCAUCUUCCCCAACUUCGUCAUCUCCCUCGCCCUCGUCGCCUUCGCCAACGGUCUCUGGAUGAGCGUCGGCGGGUUCCUCGUGACCCCCAAGAUUCUCAACCCCUUUUGGAAAUACGUUUUUCAUUAUAUAGAUUAUCAGGCAUACGUCUUCCAAGGCAUGAUGGUCAACGAAUUCCAGCAUAGGAUCUACUCUUGCGGCGAAUCCUGCCAAUGCAUGUACCAGACGGACUUGGCCUCCGAGUGUAAGAUCCGCGGGACGGGCGUACUGCAGGAAUAUGGCUAUGCUACGGGCAGGACGGGUAAGUGGGUGGGGAUUCUUAUUGGUAUUAUUGCUGUGUAUCGGCUUUUUGCGUAUUGUGCGUUGGUGGUGAGGAGGACUUAGUAUUUAUUGCAUAGUAGUAUCGAUAAGGUUGGUUAGGGGGAUUAGUAUACUGAGUACUACUUUUAGUACUACUUGCUUGCUUUAAUUAACGAUUUGCGAUGAGUUUUGUGGUUGGGGUAGGGAUCUUUUGUGUUGGAAGGCUCGGGUGUCUUGUCUAUAGUAGGAUUUUGUGAAUGUGGAUGGCGGUAAUAGAUAGUAUACUAUGUUUAAAAAGCAAGAAUAAUAUACCUGC